AUGACGUUUUCACUUCCUUCUAACACACUUCAUCUGCAGGGAGACCCUUUUUACCGCGUUGUUGAUGAAUUUUGUGGUUCAGAGGCUCUCGAAUUACUUCGAUUUCAAUUAAUCAAUUCUUCGAUGGAUCUGCUUGAAGUAAACGACGUUUUCUCCAUCCUUCAAAUAGAAUCAAAUCAAACAACGACACUUAAAGAACUUUUGGGUGUUUCUGGUACAGAUCAAGCCGGAAAUUAUUCGUUCUUUGUUAUGCCUGGCAUUCGUUUGAAGUUGGAAAGAUUUAUUCGUUCGCUUCGUUCUCUUCUUCCACCAACAAAUCCUGCAUCUAAAUCUACUAUUAAGACUCUAACAAUAUCAUCUGAUCUUCUUCAAAAAUAUCCGUUCUUGAAUGAUCUCAUAUACUGUUUAAGAUCAAACUUAUUCAAUGAUUUCACAUUGGACAAUAUUUCCAAUAUGGUAUCGAAUUUAGCACAUUCUAAAAAUUUAUUUCGUUAUAAGCAAUCAGUGAAAGAU